AUGCAAGGUUGGAAGGAAAGGCUACUCUCACAAGCGGGAAAGGAAGUGAUGAUCAAGGCGGUGGUCCAAUCCAUCCCUACCUAUUCCAUGAGCGUGUUUCGAUUGUCAUUAGGCUUGAUAAAAGACAUUGAAGCAAUGAUCCCCAAGUUUUGGUGGGGGCAUCAAGAUAAUGCAAGGAAGAUGCAAUGGGUAAAAUGGAGUACUCUUUGUUCCUUAAAAUCCCUUGGUGGUAUGGGUUUUCGGGAUCUAAGACAAUUUAAUGAUGCAUUGCUUGGAAAACAAGUAUGGAGGCUUUUCCAUGAGAAGGAUACUUUGCUUUACAAAGUUUUCAAAUCUAAGUAUUUUCCCGAUGGGAGUAUAUUAGAUGUGGACAUCAAUCCACUAAGCUCUUUUGCAUGGAAGAGCAUUUUGCAGGCAAGAGAGGUGAUUUAUAAGGGGGCUAGGUGGAGAGUUGGGGAUGGGUCAAGAAUAAAUAUAUGGACUAGUAGAUGGGUGGAGUCAUCUGGAGGAGGACAAAUCCUAUCUCCUCAGCACGAUCCAUCGUUGGUGGUUGUGAAGGAUCUGUUUUUACCGGGCACAAAGAUUUGGGGACAGGAGCUCAUAGACCAAAACUUCUUUCCGUGGGAAGCGAAGGGUAUUAAGAGCAUUCUUGUCAGCUUACACAUAGAGGAGGACCUGCUUAUAUGGCCUAGAACACCUGAUGGUAUGUAUUCAGUGAAGAGUGCCUAUCAGCUUAUGGCAAAUGAGCUUCAAUAA